ACCCAACUAGACUCUACCGGGCCGCGAUGAUUAGAAACGCUGACAAGCCCUGGGAACGAUGUAUUCCAAAUGGCGGAUGGAUACUGAUAGCUCCAUGUAUGACGACAGACAUAGGUCGACAAGCAAUCACUAGAUCCAGGCCGAGGAUAGCUAUAGGUCCAUCCCCGCAUUGCCUUAGGUUGUGCGACGCCGCUUGCGUGCUUUGGGGUCCGGAAACUCGCAUAAUAAAUGCAUGGAGAUAAAAGAACUGUGGUUAGUAAUACCUUAGGGUAUUUGAAGCUCGAUUGGCGGGGAAAGGCGUAUAUAUUGACGGUGUUCGUCGCCUGGUUGUUGGGAUCGUGUUACUCCGUACUGGUCUUGCUUCCACUGUCGAAUUAUCAGCGCUGCACGCAGCGAUCAAACCAUACCUCGAGAUAUUCUUCGUUUCCUCGGACAUCGCAUCCACUUCCCGCCAUCGAUUGAGCCGCCAUGCCUCUCUCUGAAGACGUUCAAGUGCUUGAGACGAGCAAGGGUCUCGUCGGUGCGCUCCAAGGCGCCGCCGGUGGACCGUCGCAGUUCCGUCCUGCCCACGCACGCGGCCGCCUCUACACAGGCACCUUCACACCCACGCCCACCGCCUCCUCCCUCUCCCGCGCCCCGCACUUCACCUCCCCCUCCACCCGCCUCACCCUGCGCUUCUCCUCCUCGACCGGCAUCCCCACCAUCCCGGACACAGAACCCACCGCCAACCCGCGCGGCCUCGCCCUACGCUUCCACCUCCCCAACCUGCCCAACGGCCACCGCCACCACACGGACAUAAUCCUGCAUUCGACGCCCUCGUUCCCCACCCGCACCGGCGCCGAGUUCCUCGAGCUCCUGAAGUUGUUGGGAGGCGGCGACAAAGGCUCCAUCGAUGCGUUUCUAGGCGCGCACCCGGAGACGCAGCGGUUUUUGCAGACGCCGAAGCCGAGCCCCGAGAGUUUCGUGACGGAGCGGUACUUUGGGGUGAAUGCUUAUUACCUCGUUGAUUCCGAGGGGAAGAGGACGGCGAUUAGGUAUCGGGUCGUUCCUGCGUCCGGAGAAGUGAGGCAUCUCUCUAGCGAGGAUUUGGAGAAGAAGGAUAGGGAUUAUUUGUUUGCGGAGUUGCCUCGCAGGUUGGAGGCUCAGGGGCCGGUAGAGUUGGUUCUGCAGGCUCAGGUUGCGGCAGUGGGGGAUGUGGUUGAUGAUGCGACGGUGGUGUGGCCCGAGGAGAGGGAGAUUGUUGAGCUGGGGAGGGUGAGGAUAGAGAAGGCGGUCGAGGAAGAGGAGAGCUUGAAGGAGCAGAAGAGGGUUAUUUUCGAUCCGAUACCGAGGGUGGAGGGGGUGGAGCCGAGCGCGGAUCCUUUGCUGGAGGUGAGGGCGAAUGUCUAUCUGAUUAGCGGGAGGCAGAGGAGGCAGGCGGAGUGAGGAGGGAUAUGUGCUGGAUGAUGAACCGUCAUCGAAGUCGGAUAGCUUGAGCGUACGACUCCGUCGGAUCGACAUGAUUAACUGUUUGGAGAUAUAUCUGAAACUUCGGAGAUUUUGUUUCGAAGGAAAGAGGACCGCCCCUUGGAACUUGUUGGUAGGGGCCAUUCGUUACCACUGGGGCAAUGCGAUCCAAACAGCCAGCUUGGUUAUGUUUUUCAACUGGUCAUACUGUAAAGGGAUGUCUUGAAAACCUGCACUGAGCUCCAUCCUGUCCAUUAUGUUCAGCCGCGACUAU